AUGGAAGAUGACUUGAAGCAGGGCCGAACCAAAGAGGCACUGGAUGUUUGCGAGAAGGAUGGAAAGCGUGGCAUCGUUCUGCCAGCUGCCAACAGCAAGGAGAACUGGUUCUCUGACUUUGACGGGGUGCUUGAUGGCGCUACUAACCAGGAGGUUUUUGACGCCAUCGGUGGGGACCUUCUGCGUCAGUUCCUCAGCGGCAUCAAUGUCUCCAUCAUGGCAUACGGUCAAACUGGUUCUGGCAAGACCUACACCAUGUUUGGAUGCAGCGAACACGGCUCUCAGGUGCAGGGGCUGCUGCACUUGGUGCUGCACCGCAUCGAGGAGCAAAUUGGCGCCCGGAUGCCGCUGGCGCGGCUCAGCGUCUCCGUGUUCGAGGUCUAUAAUGAUGAGCUCUUUGUGUUGCUCGACACGGCUGGCGCGGAGAAGCGGCCCAUGAACAAGGGCAUGGUGGAGUACAAUCUGCAUAGACCUAAGCAAGUCAAUGAUGUGGGCGAGGUGGUGGGUCUGGUGUUGGACGCCUUGCAGCUGCGAGCCCGGGACUCCACGGUCCGAAACGCGACCAGCAGUCGCAGUCAUGCGUUUGUAAAGCUGCGGCUGGAGCAGGCGGCCGUGUCACCCGACGAGCAAGGACUGGAUUCGACGCUCUUCCUGGUGGAUCUGGCGGGCAGUGAGAGCAUGUCGAAUGUAUCGAGUACCUCCCAGCAGAAUGAGACCAUCCACAUCAACAAGUCGCUGCAGGCGCUGGAGAGGGUGGUCAACAACCUGUCGAACUGCAGUAUCCACGUGCCCUACCGGGACUCACUACUCACGCAGGUGCUCCAGGAGGGGCUGAAUCCGCAAAAGGCCCGUGUGGCCCUGGUGGGCACUGUCAGCCGCUUCCUGGCGGAUGUGCACGUUACCAAGAGCACCCUCAUGUUUGCGCAGCGGGCUCGAAACAUCCGCACAUUUGCACAGGUCAACGUCGCCACGAAGCGGCCACAGCAGCUCUGCCCCGAGGAGAUCUACAGCCAGCUACAAAACAUGCAGGCCAUCAACAACAAGCUGCGCCAGCAGCUAGCCGACCUGGAGAGCAGCCAGGAGCGCCUCCAGGGCCGAUCCUCACUGCACGUGGAGGCCAUGAGGGCCGAGCUCACCCACCUGGUGGAGCUGCACAGCGAGCUGCAGCAGACCAGCGCCAGGCAGCAGCAGGAGGCCGAGGAGGCGCUGGAGAUGGAGCGAGCCGCACACGGCGCCACGCGGAUGCUGCUAGUAGAGGCGCAGCGCUGCAACGGGGAGCUGCAUGGGGCCGUGGCUGCGGCGGAGGCGGAGGCGCGUACCUCGACACGCUUGGCGGGAGAACUGCAGUUUCGGCUGCAUGAGUCGCAGUUGCAGGUGGUGCGGCUCAAUGGAGAGCUGGCGGGGGCGCAGUCGCUGGCGAAGGAGGUCCAGGCGCAACACUUGGCGGCGCUGCAGCAACUGACGCAGACACGGGAGCAGCUGACGGCGCUCAAGGGCCAGCUAGCAGCUGCGGAGGCUGGUGGCGACGAACUUCAACGCACCAUAGCCCAGGUGCUAUCUGAGGCACAGGAUCAGGCCGCCACGCUACAGCUGCAAGCGCGGGAGCUACAGCAGCAGGUCAAGGCUACCCAUGCGGACAAGACAGCACUUGCGCAAGAACUAGGGGAAACUAAACAGCAGCUGGAUGAGGUGCUGCUGCUGCUGCAACAACAGCAUGAGCAGUAUCAGCAAGAGCUUCAUGCUAUGAAGGACGCGCAGGAGGCGAUGGUAGCGGCUUUGCAGCAACAGCAGCACGACAUGAUGGCAGGGGAGGGCGCAAUGUAUAUGAAGGAAGGGACAGCAGCGGCGGCGGUGGAUAUGGGCGUGGAGGCGAACUUGGAAUGGGAGGGCAGUGACGGCACGCUUGCAAUUGCGCAUGAGUUGGAAACCGCGCAGGGCCAGCUGGAAGCCCGAACGAGUCAGCUUGGGGAGGUGGAGCAGCAGCUGGCAGCUGCACAGCAACAGCUGCUAGCUGCCGCGGCGGAGGCGGAGGAGCAGCUGGCAGCCGCACAGCAGCAAAUGACGGCAGCUGCUGCCGAAGCCGAGGAUCAGAUGGCGGAGGCGCGUGCCGCCGCUGCCUCCGCCAGAGCUGAGGCUGCGUCCCUGCGCCAGCAGCUCGCCGAAGCAGCGGCGGCGCGCAGCGCCGCUGAGGUUGAGGCGGCGGCGCGACUCGUACCCCUCCAAACCGAAUGCGAGCGAUUGCGUGCUAUGUGCGUAUUAUCGGAGCAGCAGCUGGAGAGAUUACAGGCGGAGUGUGAGAGGCUGAGGGAAGAGGGUGGUGAGGCGCGGGAGGCCUUGUUGCGGCUGCAGGCGGAAUGUGCGCGGCUGAGGGAGGCGGUAGGCCGGGCGGAGGCUGCGGAGCGGCAGGCAAAGCUGGAGGCGGUGCAGGUGGAGCGCGACGUGGGGCCGCGACCAGAGGCUAUGAAGCAGCUUCAAGAGCGCGUGCGGCUGCUGGAGGCGGAGAAGAAGCGCUCCGAAACCGAUCACAGGGGCCAGCUGGAGCUCAAGGACAAGCUGAUUCGUCAGUUGGAGAACAUGAACGCGCAGCUACAAUCUGAGAUGACUAAGCUGGGACAUGAUCCCGCCACCGCUAACUCCACAGGCGGAACAGGAGGCGACACACCGGCUGGCGGCCCUGUCGCUGCUGGCAGCAGCAGCCCCUUUGCCAACCACUAUCAUCAAGGCAGCCGCUCCGAUUCAGGCGCCAGCCCUGCCCACGGUGGUUCGGCCGUAAUCAUGGAUGACGGCCACAGCCAUAGCCCCUGUCUUGCAGGUGCCGCCGCCUCAGCGCCACCCAGUCGGGCGCCUUCGAGUGCUGGCAUCUUAUUACUCAACCGCACUACCACCGGCAGUGCAGCGGCGCUCGCACGCAACAAUUCACGCGCGCUAGCAACAGGCGCGCCUUUAUCGUCAUCGUCAUCCUUGCCCAUGGGCUCGUUGACGCCACCGCCGGCGCCUCGAUGCGCAUCAGUGAAUGGCGCAGUGACGCCAUCCUCCGCUGCUGCGAAGGCGGCGGCAGCAAUGGCUGCAGCAGCAGUGGCUGUGACACCGCCGCCGGCGCCAGCACCUGCGCGGCCUAUUAGUGGGGAGAUGGAUGUGCUGGAUUUGGUAACGCCGGAGGGCGCUUUGCCGGGACCCCCAGAACCGCGGUUGACUCCGACCAGCUGUCCGCCAAUGGAUGAUGGGGUGGUCAUGGUGAUGCGGGAGAUAGGAGUACGGCGCCCAGAUGAGCUCAAGCUGGCCACGAAAGCUGUGAGAAAUCAGCUCUUCCGUCUCCGCGUCAUCCGCUCCUUAUAUCAUCCACCAUCCAUGAAAGAGCCCCGCGGGAAGAUAGAUGUCCUG